UGCCGAUGGAAAUAUAUAAUUGGCCAGAAAAAAAGAAGAAAAAUAGUCGAACCAUUCAAUGUGCACUGAGGUCACAGUCCUGCACAGCGUGGGCAGGUGUCCAACAGGAUAUUUUGUGGACUGAAGUAUCUGUAUAAGCUUAUAAUAGGCGAGACUUGUCUUUAUUGAAUGUAGCAGCAUUGCGUCGCAGCCCGUUGUGCGCCUCUGCGCUCUGAUUGGCUGGAGCUGAAGCGAUGCUCUGCAUCCUGCUUCCACAGCCAGGACAGGGGGACGGAAAACUGGGAGCGCGGCCGGAAAAUCAUCAUCAGCACAGGGACCAAAUCAUCCCGUUCACCAUUUUUCUCACCUGGAGAGAAUGUUUACACUCAACAUGCCUGCAGAGACACAGGUAGCCGCCGCUGUCCACUCGUGACUGCUUGUGCAGAUCGUCCUCAUUCAGCGCUGAAAGGCUGAUUAACACUGCGAGAGUCUCACCUUUAUACUCCGUGGACACUGAGCAGGUUCACCCAAAGCCCACCACCAUGCCCGUCAACGACCCAGAGAGUAUACUGAGCUACCAGAGGCCAGAUGAGGAGGUGGUUGUGGACCAGGGAGGGACUAGUUCAGUAAUGAACAUCCACUAUGAGAAAGAGGAACUAGAAGGCCACAGGACUCUGUUUGUGGGAGUUCGGAUGCCCAGACAGAGCCAUCGUCACCACAAGACCCACAGCUCUCGACACCGCAAGAGAGACAGAAGGGCAGGAAGCAUCGCAACACAACAGAGCGAGGGAACUGAGAAAUCAACCAGUCACGAUACUCCGUCCCAGCGGGUCCAGUUCAUUUUGGGCACAGAGGAGGAUGCUGAACAUGUGGCCCAUGAGCUGUUCACUGAGCUGGAUGAGAUCUGUGUGAAGGAUGGCAAGGAUGCUGAGUGGAAGGAAACAGCCAGGUGGCUGAAGUUUGAGGAGGAUGUGGAGGACGGCGGGGAGAGGUGGAGUAAGCCCUACGUUGCCACUCUCUCUCUCCACAGCCUGUUUGAGCUCCGCAGUUGCAUCAUCAAUGGCAGCGUGUUGCUCGACAUGCACGCUGACUGCAUCGAAGAGAUUGCAGAUAUGGUGCUAGACCACCAAGAGAUGGCCCAUGAGCUGGACGACACUGUGAGAGUGAAGGUGCGUGAAGCUCUGCUGAAAAGACACCACCACCAGAACGAGAAGAAGAAGAACCUGAUCCCCAUGGUGCGCUCCAUCGCAGAGGGAACCCGCAAACAGUCAGAGCCCCAUCUCACAUCUGGGUCAACCACAUUACCCCAGCCUCCUACAUCCAACACAGAGGUUAAGAACGGCGCUGGACAGGACAGCACUCAAGCAAACAAGCAGCAAGUGGACCUACACUUCAUGAAGAAGAUCCCAGAAGGUGCAGAGGCGUCCAAUGUGCUUGUGGGAGAGUUGGACUUCCUAGAACGGCCUAUAGUGGCCUUUGUCCGUCUGUCCCCUGCUGUGCUGCUCACAGGACUCACUGAGGUCCCCAUCCCCACCAGGUUUCUCUUCAUUCUCCUGGGUCCUGAUGGAAAAGCUCAGCAGUACCACGAAAUUGGACGCUCCAUGGCAACCAUCAUGACUGAUGAGAUUUUCCAUGAUGUCGCGUAUAAAGCGAAGGACCGAAGUGACCUGUUGGCUGGGAUAGAUGAGUUCCUGGACCAAGUGACCGUCUUACCGCCAGGGGAGUGGGACCCAUCGAUCCGCAUUGAACCGCCUAAGAAUGUCCCCUCACAGGAGAAGAGGAAGAUGCCUGGAGUUCCCAAUGGAACAGCCUGCCAGGUGGAGGAAGAGCUUCACGCUGAGCACCAUGGGCCAGAGCUGCAGAGAACUGGAAGGUUGUUUGGUGGUCUGAUACUGGACAUCAAGAGGAAAGCUCCGUUUUAUCUGGGUGACUUUAAGGAUGGGCUGAGCCUCCAGUGCAUAGCCUCCUUUCUCUUCCUCUACUGUGCCUGCAUGUCUCCUGUCAUUACCUUUGGAGGGCUGCUGGGAGAGGCGACAGAAGGACGCAUCAGUGCCAUCGAGUCCUUGCUUGGUGCAUCGAUGACUGGAGUGGCCUACUCUCUGUUUGCUGGUCAGCCUCUCACAAUUCUGGGCAGUACAGGUCCUGUACUGGUUUUUGAGAAGAUCCUCUUCAAGUUCUGCAAGGACUACGACCUGUCGUAUCUGUCUUUGAGGACUUGUAUUGGCCUGUGGACCGCUCUGCUGUGUCUGGUGUUGGUCGCUACAGAUGCUAGUUCUCUGGUGUGCUACAUCACACGGUUCACAGAGGAGGCCUUUGCCGCCCUCAUCUGCCUCAUUUUCAUCUACGAGGCUUUGGAGAAGCUCUUCCACCUCGGAGAAAUCUACCCCUUCAACACACACAGUGAUCUGGACAAACUCACUCUGGCAUACUGUAGGUGUGCAGAGCCUGAUAAUCCCUCUAAUAAAACCUUAGAGCUGUGGAGUGAGAGGAACAUCACCGCGGCUGCUGUACCCUGGGCCAACCUUUCUGUCAAGGAGUGCAUCAGUCUGCAGGGCCAGUUUGUGGGGACGGCCUGUGGCCACCACGGCCCCUACACCCCGGACGUUCUCUUCUGGUCGACCAUCUUAUUCUUCUCAACCUUCUUCUUGUCUUCAUUCCUCAAACAAUUCAAAACCAGCCGGUAUUUCCCCACCAAGGUCCGGUCCAUGAUCAGUGACUUUGCAGUGUUUCUGACAAUUGUCAUCAUGGUUCUCCUUGACUACGUUAUUGGAGUGCCUUCGCAGAAGUUAAAGGUUCCCAGCAAAUUCCAGGUACAGAAAUACACCAUUCAUCACUCUCCACAAGGUCGCAGUCUGUUCACGCCCUCACUCUUCUUCUGUGUUUUCCUAAAGCCAACCAGAGAUGACAGAGGCUGGCUAAUCAAUCCAAUAGGACGUAACCCGUGGUGGACAGUCCUGGCAGCUUCUAUUCCUGCUCUUCUCUGCACCAUCCUCAUCUUCAUGGACCAACAGAUCACUGCUGUCAUUAUAAACCGCAAAGAGCACAAACUACUGAAGGGCUGUGGGUAUCACCUGGACCUGCUGAUGGUGGGGGUGAUGCUGGCCGUCUGCUCCAUCAUGGGCCUGCCCUGGUUCGUGGCGGCCACAGUCCUGUCCAUCUCUCACGUGAACAGCCUGAAGCUGGAGUCUGAGAGCUCGGCCCCUGGAGAGCAGCCUCGCUUCCUGGGCAUCAGAGAGCAGAGGCUCACUGGCCUGGUCAUCUUCCUGCUCAUGGGCUGCUCUGUGUUCAUGACUGGAGCCCUGCAGUUUAUUCCUAUGCCAGUGCUGUAUGGUGUUUUCCUUUACAUGGGAGUGUCUUCACUAAAAGGCAUCCAGUUCUUUGACCGUCUGAAGCUGUUCGGCAUGCCAGCCAAACAUCAGCCAGACUUCAUCUACCUGCGUCACGUCCCCUUGAGGAAAGUCCACCUGUUCACUGUGACUCAGCUCACCUGUCUGGUGCUACUGUGGGUCAUUAAGACGUCACCUGCUGCAAUUAUUUUCCCCAUGAUGGUGUUGGCUCUGGUUUUUGUGCGAAAACUGCUGGACUUGUGCUUUUCUAAGCGAGAGCUGAGUUACCUCGAUGAUUUAAUGCCUGAGUGGAAGAAAAAGAAUCUUGAUGAUGCCUCUAAAAAGAUAGAAGAGGAAUCACAGGUGAUGCUCACAUCAAAGAUGGAAGAUACGACCUCUGUUCAGAUUCCCAUGGAGCCCACCAAGCCUGUCCAGACCCCAAAAUCACAUGACCCCAGGUGUGACCCCUCUGAUAUUAAUAUUUCUGAUGAAAUGUCUAAAACAACUGUGUGGAAAUCCCUCAACUCCAAUCAAAAGGAUACUCACACUGUGGCCGCUAAAAAGGAUUGAAGGGAUUGCAUUCAUUGAUGAGUAAGAGUUAUCCUCAGUCCGGGCAGAUUUCGACUGUGCUUCUGGACCACAGAACGCUGACUUUUGGCUGCUACAGUAUCAGCCUCUUCAGUGUGUAGAGAGCCGGGUUUCGACAGUUUCUACCAGCGUCCCGUCACACAUUUAUUAAAACACACAGAGAAUGGUGCAGAGAACAGACAUGCAGAUACGCUUCUAUCUUUGUGAGGACUGUAAAAACUCUAACCCUUUUAAACCAUUGUUAUCCAGGCUUUGGGCUUCAUUCAGAUUUUAAUCUUUCCACCCCCUUUUCUGCGUCUUCUCUGACCAGCGGACGAACCCAAACUUAAUCAUGAUCAUCUUAAUCCAUGUCACAGUGUUAUCCACUAAAUCAGCCCUCUAGUAACACAUGCUGACCAGUACUCUCUACAGGUCAGUAAUACUUCUAUCAACCAGACCAGGGAUAAUUAACAUGGAAAGAACUGAGAAAAUGCAAUGUAGAGAAAACCCUUAAGCUGCAGCAAAUCACACUGGCAGUAAAUACUGAAACAGCAGGAAGGACACUGUGACACUGCUGGCAGCCACGGCAGUUUCAUAUUUAAAGCUGGAAGCCCUUAAUUCAUCUAAAAUAAAACUCAUUUGCCUGUAAUAAUUGAGACCAACAUAAUCUAUUGAAAUCUAAAAAUGACACCUUAAACAAAUGUCUUAGUAUUUUUUCCCCCAAAAUGGCAACAGCUGUUUGUUUUAACAGCUUUAAAACCCAACAUUAACAAAGCAGAUCACUGUAAAUUCUCAUGAAGGGUGUAUUUUAACCUGUACAGACCCAGAACUAUUUUUUUUUGGUGAUAUUUAACCAUUACCAAGUGAUUUAUCACCAUUUAUUAGAAUAUUAUCCUUUCCAUUUUUUCACUGAAAACCACAUU